AUGGACGUGGCACUUAGCCGCAAACGGUCGCGCCUCACGCUCGACGACGCCGAAGAAGAGGGUAGAGAACAGCUGCGGAGAGAGCCGUCGCCUGCGCCUGCACUCGGGGAUGUGUUGAAGAGAUCAAGGACUCACUGCGAAUUGGAAGAGCUAGAUGUGAUAGACGCUGCAGAAGCCUGGAAUGUGGACGUGCAGGCCAUUCUGGCCAGCAACACGCUCGCGACGCCGACAGAUAGUAGAUUGGUGCCGUAUGACAAUUGGGCCAGAUAUAGGAAGGAUGAGUCUAUAGUGGUCCUCUGUAUACAGGGUAAUGUCCAGGUACACUAUGAAUUACUCUGUGCCGCACUACCAGACCUCCUUACCCUCUCGCCCUCCCUCCAAGCAUCCGUCCUAUGCCACGAUCCCUCGACUCACAGACUUUCUCCAUCCGCGCCCUUCUCGCUCCCCCUCAUACAAGCCGCGACGCCUUCGAACAACCACUUUGUCCGCCUAGGUCUUCUACACCCUCUUGGCGGAGGAAAGUUCCCAUUGGAUGCGCUGGUCGUGCUAGAUGGAAAAGGGAGGAGGAGAUUGGUGUUGCCGGUUGGUUGGGGUGCGGGGAAGCAUGUGGAUACGCCUGCAGGACGAAGCAUACAAGUACGGUUCAUGGCUCUAUUGAAAGCAUGUGUAGAGAGGCUAGAGAAGGAGUGA